UGUUCCUUAAGAGCAGCUGGCGGUCGUUCCCAACGGAGGACCCUCAACAUCGUUUUAUCCCCUCACGCCUUUGGCGGCGUAUUCGGAAGCCCGCCGAUCUCGCCCGCGGCACCACCGCAAAAAAAUCGCACUCUCUGGGGCUUCUUCGAGCAAACCUGGAUUAGGGUUUUUCUUUUGGCGAGAUCGAGAGAAAUAAGAAAAUGGAAGCGGCGGGCGAGGAGGAGCAAGACGGCAUCUCUGUCCAUUCCCCGGGCCACGCUCCCCCCUCCUCAGCCUCUUCGUUACCUAUGGAGCAAUCGCAGGUGGAACUGGAAUUGAGGGUGCUGGAAGCUCUGGAAAUCUACCCUCCUUCUAAACUGCAAGGUAUUCAUCGCCAUUUUGUUCUCUAUGGGCUGAUGGAGUAUUUGCACAGGAGCUUUGACAGACACUUCUCAGCGGACGAGGUUUUGCAGUUGCUAGACCGCUUCUUCAAUUUAGAAAUGCUGAAACCAGAUGACGAAGAGACAGACACUUUAAAUCAGGAGGAAGAUUUUUCCUUGCCACAGAAUUUUUUUGUCAAGGACGAGCAGUAACAUGCAUUAGUAGAGAAGAGGUGAGAUCCACUAACAACAUUCGACUUUUGGCAGCAACUCAUCUGCACAAAGGUCAAUACCAGAAGCCACAUUUCCCCGUCUCAGACGUUUCAGCCCUUAUGUGCAUAUGCAUAGGUUCACUUUUCCAUGUUUUUUGGAACUGAAUAGAUGGCAAAGGCCUUGCCAGCUCCAUAUAUGUUAAGCGGAGGUUCCUUUGGACGUCCUUUGUAAAUUCUAUUUGGCUCUGAAAAGUUGAUGUUAUCUUGGUGAUUACUAGCCAUGGGAUGCCUCACCUGUCUCAACAACUAUUCAGUUGCAUUUGGUUGAAUUCAAGAGCUAAACCAGUUAAAUGCUUGCGGCUGACUUUGAGAUUACUCAAAUGGUGUUCUAACCUCAAGAUAUUACGACUAAUAGUCUCCUUAUUGUAAA